GGUGGGGAUUUAAGUAAUUCCAACAGCUGCACCCCGCCCCUCCUCUUCGGACCCCUGCGGUAGCGAAAAAGGCAGGAGGGCGGGAAGGCGUGAGCGUGGAAAGAAGACUGGGAGGUUCCAAGGAGCGCGAGAGUCGUGUGUGCCUGGUUUCUGUGGUACUCUCUGUCACCCCAAGAGACUGCACCAGCAGGAGACAUUGAAGUGUGAGCUGCCGUAGGAUCCCAAGGAGUACAGGAAUGGCUGCCAUACGGAAGAAGCUAGUGAUUGUGGGGGAUGGAGCAUGCGGAAAGACAUGCCUUCUUAUUGUCUUUAGUAAAGACCAGUUCCCUGAAGUUUAUGUUCCAACAGUUUUUGAAAAUUAUAUUGCUGACAUCGAGGUGGAUGGCAAACAGGUUGAGUUGGCUUUAUGGGACACAGCAGGCCAAGAGGACUAUGACCGCCUGAGGCCUCUUUCCUAUCCUGAUACAGAUGUGAUCCUCAUGUGUUUCUCAAUUGACAGCCCUGACAGCUUAGAAAAUAUCCCGGAGAAAUGGACUCCUGAGGUAAAACAUUUUUGCCCUAAUGUGCCUAUCAUCCUUGUUGGAAACAAAAAGGACCUGCGAAAUGAUGAGCAUACAAGGAGGGAAUUGGCCAAAAUGAAGCAGGAACCGGUAAGGCCAGAAGAAGGGAGAGAUAUGUCAAACAGGAUCAGUGCUUUUGGCUACCUGGAGUGCUCUGCCAAGACAAAGGAGGGGGUACGGGAAGUGUUUGAAAUGGCAACACGGGCAGCCCUACAGGUGCGGAAACGCAAAAAGAGAAAUGGGUGCCUGCUGUUGUGAAAUGGAAUGACAAAGAAGGCUAACAAAUCUAGUAACUUUUCCAACAACCAUCUGUACUGUAUAUUCUCCCCACUUUCUCUCAUGCAUAUUUUUCAUGGCCCAGGAGCUAAUUUCACCUCUGUGGCUCACAUUGUGGGAUUCUUGUUUAUGGGUAGAUGUGGGGAACCUAAUUGAAUUCAGCUACGCAUCUGACAAGAUGCUUUACAGAAUGAAGUUUAAGAAAAAGUCUUAUUUUUAGUCUGGGGAACCUGUCCCUUGACCUACAGUUUGCCUUGGUCUUUUUUGUGUGUGGAGAUAUAUAUAUUUUUGUCAGUCCCUUUCUUUCUUCUCUUAUACUACUUACCAAUUUUUGUCUUCAUUUGUUUCCUGGUUGACAAGGUGGGGCAGCAUGUCAUCAUAUUAGUGUGCCGUACUUGUGUUUUGAGGAUCAGGGUGCAACAGAAUUGGUUACCAGAGCUGGCCAAAUUGAUUGUGUCUAAGAUAUCUCAGCUUGCAGACCAGCUGUGGCUGUUGGAAAAAUGGUCUAGAUUUCUAUAUAAAUAUAAAGACAAGUAUACUUGAAUAUUCCUUUUUUUUCUGUCAGGCCACAAGAGAUAGCAUUUUCAUAUCUACAGAACACAACUACAAGAAAGUGAUUUAUUUGUCUAAAAUGCACAUAGAAGUAUUUUAAGUUGUAAUUUUUUUUUGUAAAGCAGAUACUUAACUCUUGCUUCAGGAGAUGGCUGGCUAUUUCACCAGCACUCUUGAGGUUGGUUAGAGCAAUAAUAAUGACUACAAUGAGAUAUGAUAGUAAAUUUACCAUUUUUAAGCUAUAUAAUGCUGACAGGCACACAAGUACUGGCUUGAGCAGUUGGUGUAAAUAAAGACCCCAGAAAUGAAAUAUAUGAAAAUGAGAAAUCAUCAAGAGCACCAGCCAGGUCUCUGAAUCUGAGGCCUUAGUGUGCUACCUUGUUUAUGAUCAUUUACUUGAUAUGCUCUUCCUAAGCAGGAGAAGGAAGUGUGUGUCAAGUUGUGUGUGUGUUUUUUUUUUUUUGGUAAAUGUUGCCAUUCUUUUUCAUUUUCAAAAUAAAUCCUUUUAUGCGAGUUGCUGUCAGAUGAAUAUAUGAUGGUUUUGCCUCAUUACAACUCCAAGACCAAAUCUGUUAAGCCAAGUGUAAUAGAAUGACUUGUUUUCCAUAGCUUGAUUUCAGAAAGUGGUGGGCUUUUAUAUAUUAUAACCAUUAGCCAAGUUCUUGAUUUCAUAAGUGCAUCUUGUAAUGCAGUUUUUCCUGGUUUUCCAGUUGUUUACAAGAUCGUAUUCUAAUUUGCAUUCUGAUUUGAUGUUUGAUUAAAAAAUAAAAUAUUCAGAUUAAAAAAAAAAAAUUGUAAUACUUUUAAAUAAUGUCUAAAAAUGUUAGUCACUUGUUUCCUAACCUUUAUAAUGUAAAAAAACUUUAAUUUUACAUUACGAUUUCCAUGCACCAAAGCUGCUGGUAGCAAGAAAAAGCAAAGACAGUUGUAGGCAGCUCAGGGCAGGCCCUAAUGGAGCAGCUUCGCAGGUAAGGGACUGAGAACAACAGAAAAGCUUGUUAGUUGCCACCUUAUUUUGCUUAACUUCCUUUAGUAGUCUACAAAGAGCUAAGACUGUUUUCCAUUUACCAUUUUGUAGCCAGAAAGCUUAUUUGAGUGCUGUGACAACAGUGGGUAUGUUUAUUGAACAUCAUCUGUGGUCAGGCUCUGGUGACCACUUGCACCUGCCUUUUGAUAAAUUUUGUGAAUCUUAUUCUUAAAUCUGUGAAGCUGGAAGGGAGAGGUAUGCACGCUUUCUUAAAAAAAAAAAAAGGCAAAUUUCUAUGAAAGCCCAUUGUCAGUGCUUUGUAAUUCAGUGAAUUUUGCUGUAGUGAAUGUUCAAAGAAAUCAAACAAGGAAUGAUAAUAAAAGUAUUUUUUGCAGUUGUUUUGAGCUGCCUCUUUUUUAAUAGUUGUCACCAGGUGAUGUUUAUGUUGAUGCCCCUAAAUGUUUCAGUUACUGAUAGCUGAGUACAUUUUAAGACCAGGUAAGCAGUAGGCACAGUUUCAUCUUAAACCAAAAACUGUAAACAAAGUUUUCAAUUCAUGGAGUCCUGCAUGAAUUUAUGGAGUAGUAUCUUCUUUCCAGUAGGCUGUCUGUAGUGGUCUGUGUAGUGGUUUCUUUCUAACUACUGCAUGAAAAGUAACUAAUUGGAAGGACUUCUCAUACAGUUUCAACUUUCAUGGCAUAUAAAUAAUGGGCAAAUUUAAACAUUUCUUAUUAACUGAAUGCAGCUAUUUAUCAUCCAACUACUCUUAACUUGCACAGACAGAGUAAACAAAGUAAUCAGUAUAAAAUUAUUCCAAACAGUUGGAAUCUUUUGAUCUUUGUGAGGAGAACUGUGCAUAAUUUCAACAUUUGAAUAAUUGUACAUGCACUUAACUGGCUCUUAAGGUAGCUGAUGACAUAAUAACAUGAGAUUUAUCCUGUGACAUGGUCAUGCUUCCUAUAGUUUUAACAAGUGUGAGUGUAAGCUUUGCCAUAGUUUAAGGCUGCAUAUUUUGUCCUUUUUGUCUGUUUAGUUCUGUUCCACCCAAAGGCUUUGUUCAGCUGCGGUAACAAAAAAUGUACUGUACAGAAGUGUGGCAAGUGUCUAAUAUUGGUAAAGUUGUCAGUAUGCUUUGAAAAUAUCUGAUUGGAGUUUUCUCCUGUCAAGCCAUUGCAAUUGUAUGGGAUUCAAAACUCAUUUUUCCUUUGUGUGCUCAAUUUUUUUUUGUUCUGCCUUUCAGCCUUGUUGCAAUUUUGAAAACUCAUCUGUGUCAAAUAAAACAAUUUAUUGUUGCAUUUUCAUACGUUCAGGUCUGCCAUCUCUGUAAAAAUGUGUGCACCUUUCAGCAGUGUGUUCUUCACCUGUGGCUUGCCUGUCUACUCUGUGCCAUUUUCACUUCUCCAUGUGGAACACAGUUGUGUGCUUUAUGCUAUUGGCUCCAAAUGUAUGAACAGCAUUAUAAUCCAAUUCUCAAUCAAAUCAUGAACUACAGGAUUGGUUGACUAUCGAAGAGACAACUUUUCACCAAUUUACAUUAAGUGUUCUUAUUUCACGCAGCCUAUGGAACGAGAGUGGCAGCAUGUUAUGUUAUUUAGGCAUGCAAGUAGAGUUCCAUUGUACUUUGUACACAUGAUAAUACAUCUGAACUGAUUACAAUACGUUUUUUAAAAUGAUACAUUUUUUGAAAGAGCCAAGGCCGACUGUAUGUUGCUGCAAAGUUCAUGGUGCCAGUUCACACUUAGGUUUUACACACUUUUUGUGGUAUGUUGUAUUCAUGCACAAUU